AGUGAAGAUAAAUUGCAUGGCUAACAUAAGAAUUUUUCCAUUCGACAAUCCAAAAUGCGCAUUUGCAGUAGAAAGUGUUGCUUUGGAACAAGAUGAGCUGGAAUUAGAAUGGGACGCCCAACGACUGAUACGCACGACAUCUUUUCACUCCUUUAAUGCUUAUCUCAUUUCUAAUAUAAGUGGAACUUGUGAUAUGUGGUUAACGUCACGAAGUAAUAGUUGCCUAUAUAUUUUACUUAUUUUUACUCGAGAUAAAAAUUACUACAUUACCACAGUUUUCUUGCCUGGAAUAAUUCUUGUCACCAGCGCAUUUCUUGGGUUUUGGUUGGACAAAGGAGAUGUCUCGACUAGAGUAACGAUUGGAGUAACAAGUAUGUUGAGCUACUGUACGACAAUGAUAAACUUCAGAUCAUCAUUACCUGUCGUGUCCAACUUAGAGGCUAUGAACUUAUGGGAUGGUGCUUGCUUAUUUUUUAUUUAUACUUCUUUUGUUGAAUACAUCGUGGUGAAUUAUCUUUACCGAUCGACAUCAUCCAAAACUUCAAGCGAUUCUACAAUGCAUUGUGUUUGCAGCGCGAAUGAUAAGAAUGUGGAAGAAAUCGAGGAUAAAAAAGAAAAGACGGAUGCCAAGUGCUUAAGAAUCCCGUCAAAGGAAUUAUCAUAUAAAAUAGAAAGAGCUGUCAGAAUUGUUUUUCCAAUCUCUUUUGGAGCAUUUGUCUGUUAUUAUAUUAUUGCCUUUGCUAUUGUGUUUCCUUCAAGACAAAAUAAUUUUUACAUUUAUUAGCUUUUAUAGCAUAAUUUAACAGUUUUUAAACCAAAUUCGUUCUUGAAUACUGUAAAAGUCUAAUUGAAACAUUUGAUUGCAUGUAAACUUAUAAGAUAUGUUCUUUACUCACUUAAA